GCUGGCCCGGACAAGACAAGGCUGUGGCUUGUGGAAUUCUGCCAGCUCCGGCCGCUUCGAAGUGGACACCUGAACACCAAGGCUUGAGAGUCGCCUAAGACCGGCACUAACUCGAAGUUCUCUAGAGCUGUUUGCUCAGGAACAUGAGGACAAUUGUUUCCUUUCGACUUCAACUUCACCAGCUUUUUCCUUCAUCAACCUUUCUUUUCGCAACGCGAUCUUUUCACAACAAGAAUCUAUCACCAAUUCUUGUUCUUAUAUAUUCUCAACCGGGCUCAGACUCGCUUCUGUACUACACCACACUCUCUACGUCAAUCUGGUCAGUCGCUUCGUGAUGGAAAUGUCAACAAACGGCGGUCCCCAAGGGGGUCUCCGAAAUGGCUUCAAUGGCCUCAACAAUGGCUCUAAUAAUCUCACUAAUGGUUUCUCCGGUAUAUCAAUGAAUGGCCACGUUGGUAAUGACGUUGGUAUCAACAACGUUGUCCCUCCAACUCGUCCAUCCUCUCCAGAGUUUGGCACCACCCCUCGCGUUCUGCUUGGUCCCAUGGUCGCUGAGGCUCCCUCCCGCCAUGAACUUCUGAGCUCUGUUCCCACGGCUCAGCCACCUUUCUUCGGAGGAAUCGCUGCUUAUACUCACACUCCCCUCCCUGCUCGCGGCAGUCUCCGAGGAAGAGACUCGAAUGGCGUCAACGGUCAUGCUACAAACGGUACUGCUCCAAGCACUCCACUCGCUCAGUCUAGUCGAUACCUCACGGUUCCCGGACAGAAUGGCACCAUCACUACCACCCUUGAAGGUCUACAAAUCUCGUCUUGCACUGACAAUAUGUUGAUCCCCACUCCACACAACACCCCAGCUGCUACUCCCCGCACCUCUCCUAUCACUCCAGGAAGAGAGUCUAUUCGUCGAGCCUCUCGUGCGAAUCCAGUUACUCCACCUCCACCUUCAGGAGCGCGUCGAACCCCCACUGGCCACACCGAUUCACCGUACCCUGGAAGGAGACACGGUGAGCACCCUCGUCGUCAGUCUCCUCCCAGCCCGAUUCCAGAAACCACCAACCCAAUUGCCGGUCUCCAAGCCCUAAACAGUAAUCCGGUCGCUCCAUCAGUCUCCCCACAGCGAUCUACAACCUCCUCCGACGGUCGAGACGAUACAACCCGCGCACCCCGUCGCCUCGGUCCCGGCAUCUUCGGUACACCUCUCAACCCAACCCGUCAGCGUGGUGGCGGUCCCAAGAAGAAGCAGAAGGGUAAACUCGCGAACGGCAAGCUCACCAAUGGAAAGGCUAAGCGUAAGGGUUCUGCUAAGGAUAAGAUGCUGGAUGAUACCACUCUAGCUGUCGCUCAUGGAGAGUCACCAAUCUACAGCACAAACAUCGCCGCAAUCUUGCAACACCCCGAAGCCAUUGCCGUCCUCUCAUCCGCACCCGACAUCGACCCCACCGCCAUCACCGACUUGCUCGCCAACCCAGGAUUCAAGGACGCUCUUGCCGCAUUCGUCGAGAUCGGUCGCGCGGGACAGAACGACCCUGAUUUCCUCGAGGAGGCUCUUGCUGCUUCUAAGCGCCGUGCCGAGGGCGAAUUCGAGGGUGUGUUGGAGGCUCAGUUUGAGGAGACGUGGGCUGAGGAAGGUGGGGAGGAGUAUAGUCAGGAUGAGGAAGGUGCGUAGGGGGGUGGGGUUAUGGAAAGGGAAGGCGAGAUUGUGUUUUUAGUUAAAGGUUAAUCUGAAUGGGAU